GCUAAUGUCACCCGGAUCGGCCGAGCCUAGUGCUUAUAUACGCACCCAAACACUCCGUGUUCGAACCCGCCAGUGUAAAUGGCUUUGGUGUCGCUUGGCCAAUCCAUAGCAACCAACAGGAAUAUAAAGCCUUCAUAUCAUUCAGUUCAGUGGACUUGAACUUUAAUUUUAUUUCAAAAGUUUUAGUGUCCGUCAGCUUCAAAGGAAUUCCGCGGCUGCGUCUGGAUGUCCUUUUUCUCGCCGUUACUCGCACUUAGCGUACUACCUUGGUGCGAAUCUUCGGGCUCUUAUCAGCAGUCUAGGAUCCCUUAACCGCAAGGAUGGACCCAAUGGAAGUUUUGCCCCAGGAAUUGGUCCUCCACAUCUGUUCAUUCCUGCCCAUCUACGAUCUAGUGCGGCUGUGGGAACUUAACCAUUCCUGGAGAAAGAUUGUAACCGACCCUUGUCUAUGGCGUGAUGCUGUGCUUGCAGUCGAAGGGUAUGAAGAGUCGGAAGACGACGACUGGAUAAUUGGUGACAUUCGUGACUGUAUCAAAGUCCUACGUCGUGCGCCAUGUCUUGGUGUUGUGUCCUUUAAUGGUGCCCUAAAGAGCCAAAAAUUAAAGCAAGCACUUCUUGAAACCAAGACAGUGGUGUUGCGGAUCAACGACUUAUUUUGCCAUAAUACUGAUGAAGAAACAGAUUGGAUGACUUCGUUCAUCCAAAGUAUUGGUGAACGUCUUGAAGAAAUUCUAGUCACCUCUCCCAGCAAUGCGUUGAUGAACACACUGAUCAGCCUGCCAAGAUUGAAGAAACUGGAAGUUUACGACGGAGGUUCCCAUUGUGACGAUAAACCUCCUGUGCAAUCUCCUGGGUUUUUUGGACAGCUCAAGGUAUUUGAAGACCACGAUUAUACUUAUUCUUGGACGCUCCCACCAAAUUGGUUAGUCACGGUACUUAAAAUGCACUGCGCUACUCUUGAAGAAAUAAGUCUUACCGAAAACUUUCGCGUUCUUCAAGAUCUGGUCCAAGCUGGCUAUCAAUUUAAAGCCUUGAAAAGAUUGAUAAACUAUGGAUUUGAGGAUAUAGAUGCUUUAGGACCUCUGCUUCCAGGAGUUGAUAUUUUAUAUGCCUACAGGCGUUCUGUUUAGUCACUAAGGACUAAACGUCUAUCACCUGUGUUGUCUAUUUUUGUCCAUUGA